AUGAAAAACAAUGGGGAUGCAGAAAUAGACGAGUCUCUGUACUCAAGGCAGCUGUAUGUUGUUGGCAAGGAUGCAAUGAGGAAGAUGAUGAGGAGCAGAGUUCUUGUUAUUGGGCUUGAUGGGCUUGGGCAGGAGGUGGUGAAGAAUAUCUGCUUGGCAGGGGUGAGCAGAGUGGCGCUUUUUGAUGAUAGUGCAGUCAUGGAGGAUGACCUGUGCACGGGAUUCUACUUCAGGAGGAGUGACAUUGGCAAGCCUAAGGAUGUGAGUGUUCUGGAGAGGUUUAAGGCAAUGAAUGAGUAUGUAAGCGUUGAGGUGGUCAAGGAGCCAAGUAGCUUUGAAGGAUAUGAUGUGGUUGUUGUGUGCAAUGAGGGAUAUGCAGAGCAGACGAGAAUGAAUGAGAGGGCAAGGCAGAGCGGAUCCAUGUUUAUUGGAUGCCAGGUGCAAGGGUUGUUUUCGCAGGUUUUUUGCGACUUUGGGGCGGAGUUUAUCUGUAUUGAUAGGACGGGGGAGAUUCCGGUCAGUGGGAUGAUCAAUGACAUAAGCUGUGACGGAGUGAUGACGGUUGUUGAUGAGCAAAGGCACAAUCUUGAAGACAUGGACAUAAUCAAGAUAACGCAGUGUGAGGAGUAUGAAGGGAAGUAUUUCCGUGUGAAGGUUAUGUCGCCUAUUCAGGUGAGGUUGCAGGCUGUUGAUGGAGUAAGGCUGUUUGAUGAGGAAAGUGAGUUUAAGGAGGAGAGGUUCAAGGCGGUGUAUGGAGGGGACUUUGAGCAGCAGAAGAAGCCUACGAUGAUGUCGUUCAAACCUCUGAGUGUGGCAGUCGAGAAUCCUAGCAUUCUUGGAUUCAAUUACGAGGUUGGGGAGCGGAACCUUGUUAUUCACAAAUGCUUUGUUGUGCUAGGGGAGUAUGUUGAGCAUCACAAGCAAAUGCCGAGUGGAGAAGAGUUUCUUUCGGUGUUUGUAAGGAAGUACCGAAGCCAUUUUGAGUUUGAAGGGCUGAUUAGGCAGUUUGGAAGGCAAUGUGGAGGGAUGCUGAUGCCGAUGUGUUCUGUGGUUGGGGGAUUUGUGGCACAGGAGGUGCUGAAGGCGAUUGGGAGUAAGUUUACACCGCUACAGCAGUUCUUCUACUUUGAUGCGAUUGAUGUGAUUUCUGAUGAGCCAAAGAGCGAUGAAGAAUGCGAGCAUUCGAAGGACAUGCAGUGUGAUAAUCGAUGCAUGGAUGCAGAAGAAGGCAGGUAUGCGCCUAUGAUUCGGUGUCUUGGGAGAAAGAGUGUUGAGAAGCUGUUUAAGCUGAAUGUUUUUAUGGUUGGGGCAGGAGCGAUUGGAUGUGAGCACCUGAAGAACAUGGUUAUGUGUGGUAUAGGAAGGGAUGGGAGGAUUAGCGUGACUGAUAUGGAUGCUAUUGAGCAAUCGAAUCUGAACAGGCAGUUUCUGUUUAGAUCGUGCGAUGUGUCGAAGAUGAAGGCGGAGGUGGCUGUGAGGGAAGUGACCACUCUGAACGAGGACUUUCUGAAGGUUGAUGGAGAUGAGGGAAAGAGGGCGCUUGAUCUGACGAACGGGAUAUGUGGAGGAAGCGCUCUGAAGCCGAAUCUUGUCUACUAUAACCUUAAGGUUGGAAGGGAGACAGAGUCGGUGUUUAGCGAUCGGGUGUUUCAGUCUGUAGAUGUGGUGGCGACUGCUCUUGAUAAUGUUGAUGCAAGGCUGUAUGUUGAUGAGAGGUGUGUGGUGAACAGGAAGUUUCUUGUUGAUGCAGGAACGUCAGGGACGAAGGGGAAUGUGCAGGUGAUUGUUCCGUUCCACACGGAGAGUUACGGGUCGAGCCAGGAUCCGCCAGAGAAGUCGAUUCCGCUCUGCACGAUCAAGAACUUUCCUUAUUCUAUUGAGCAUACGAUUGAGUGGGCAAGGAGUGAGUUUGAGUUUAAGUUCCAUGAUCAGGUGAAUCAGAUAAAGGAGUACCUGAGCAGGAGCAAGGACAGAGAUGAGGAGAGUGAGUCUUCUGGCUCUGAAGACAGAACAAGGGACACGAACAAUGAGACGAUUGAUGAUCUGGUUGAGAAGAUGCCGUGUGAUGAGAAGGAUUGCAUAAGGAAUGGGAUUAUGCUGUUUGUGAAGCUGUUUCACACAUCGAUCAAGAACUUAGUUACAGCGUUUCCACCUGACUCGAAGACGAAGGAGGGGCAACCGUUCUGGAUGCCACCGAAGAGGCCACCGGUGACGAUUAGCUUUGAUGUGGGAAACGACCUUCAUGUUCUGUUUGUGCAGAGUGCAGCAAAUAUCUUUGCAUUUAACUUUGGGAUUGGAAAGAGAGUGUCUAAAGAGAUGGUUGUUAGUCUUGUGAAGGACGAGAUCUUGGUUGAGGAUAUGCCUGGAAGCACGGCAGUAACAGAAAAUGCAGGAGCCAGAACACAGACGGAUGCAGAAAGCAUUGUGCCAGCGGCUUUUGAGAAGGAUGAUGACACGAACUUCCAUGUGGACUUUGUAUAUGCAGCAGCCAACCUGAGAGCAGCAAACUACAAGAUAAGGCAAGUAGACAGGCUUACAGUGAAGGGAAUUGCAGGAAGGAUUAUUCCUGCGAUAGCUACAACGACAGCGGUAGUAUCUGGCCUUGCGAUUCUUGAGAUGAUGAAACAGGCAUUUGGAGUUGAGCACACGAAGUUCAAGAACUCGUUUUUGAACCUUGCACUGCCAUUUUUUGCAAGCACAGACCCAAUGGAGCCGCAGAAGCAAUCAUAUAAGAUUGAGAAUAAAAAGUACACAUACACGCUAUGGAGCAGGCUGGAGUACAAAGAUGCAAAGCUGGGGACGAUUCUGGAAGCGUUUGAGAUCCAGUUCAAGAAGAAGAUCUCUAUGGUUACUGCAGGAAAUGUGCUUGUGUACUGGGACUUUGACUCGAAGUAUGCAGACAAUCUCGAGAAAACGAUUGGAGAACUUGUCAAGAGAGAGCCAGGGCAGAUGAUGGUGAUAUUAGAUGUGGUUACGGAUGAUGAUGACGAGUUUCCAAGAAUAGUGGUUGUUUUUGAUUAA